UAUCAAAAUAUCAAACAUCUUUAGAAUGUAACAUGUGUCGUUAAUGGUCUUCACUUUUUUCUUAUUCAACAUGUUGAAUCUUUUCAACACCAGUUAAUCCACAUCAUCAAAUUUCAUUUUUCAACAAUCUCAUUGUAUGAAUUCAACUAUUGAAUCUUUUAUUCAAUACCUCCAUUGUACGUAGUUUAAUAUGUGUUUGAUCUUAUAUCUUGUGUUACUCUUUAUGGUAUGGGAAUGCAUAGGAUGACUAACAUUUGAACACAUAAAUGCCAUUGCAUAAUCUGGUGACAUAUCAAUCUCUUAAGAUAUUAUUAAAUUAAAUAUCAAAUUUAAACUUUCAACCAUUUAAGAAUACUUAGGGGAAAUUACUGGGAAUUUGAUUUAUAUAGUUAGUUGAAAAUUUGUGAUUUACAUAAUGCUAGUUGAUUUUAAAAGUUGACAAAUUUAACAAUUUUGUCAAGGAUUAGAGAAAUUUUGUUUAUAUUGAGAAAAAUUAUGAAAAUAUCAAACUAUAAUAUUUUCAAAGACCUUUUAACAAUUUAUUUCUAUAAAAAAAAAUCAAGAGAUGAUGUAUAUAGUAUCCCUACAAAAUCUUGUUUUAUGAGUUAAUUUGUUUAGAAUACAACUCUCAGCAACAAUUAUUUUAACAAACAUAUAAAAUCACUAAAAUCCAAAUUUUUUGAAUAAGAUGUAAUUUUAAAUAGAAUUAAAAGAGCACUAAACCACUAAUACUAAUGUUUUUAAUUAAAAAAUGCGAAAAUCUAUAAACCAAUAACAAUAUAAUAUAUUUUUGUUACAUAUCAUUAUAAAUCAAACUUACAAUACCACCCUUUAAAUAUAUUUUUAAAAACUUAAAUGAUUUUUAAAACAUAUGUUUACUUUUCUUACUAGCUAAUUUUAUUAAACUAUAGAAUAUGAAGAAUACCAAAUAGGAAAACGUUAACAUAAAUUUAGUGGGCUGGGCCUAGUAUUUUUUUCUGAUCAAAUUGGGCCUAGUUAAAUAUAUAAAAAUUCAACACUCGCUAACCGGCUCUCGCCCGGAGAUCCAAACUGUUACUCCUCUUCCCAAACGCUACAGUCUUCUUUCUCGCUUCUUCUGCUCACUGAAAUUAGGGUUCAGGGUUUUCGAAUUUCGUUUUCUAAAUCAGCCUCUCCUCUCUCCGCCUCUGUUUGAUGACGAGGAGCUUCCCGUCUACGUGAGAGUUCGUUAAAGAAUCGGAGUCGUUCUUCCCGCAAUGGCGGCUAAUGCUCCACCUGAGCUGGCUUCAGGGAACCCUUGCUGCAUCGCGUGGCAAGGGAAGUACCUAGGCAUGAAGAAGAGGCGUGAUGCUUGUAAAGAAGCUAUAGAGAUUCUCCAGAAGGCCAUGGGAGCUGCUAACGAUGAGAAAACCAAUCUCCAGAAAAAACUUAGGGAUAUGUCGGAUAGCAUGGACACUAAGGAGAAUGAUUCAGGUGAAAAAGGAUCUUUGGAGAAAGAAGUUUCUGAUUUGAAGUCUGAGAAAUUUUCUUUGCAACAAAGAUUGGAGCGAAACAUUCAAGAAAAAAGUGAAGAAAUUAAAAUUCUUCGUGAUCAAGCUUCUAGCAGAGAAAAGGAGAUCAGUGAACUGAAGAACCUCCUUAAGAAAGAAACAUCAAGGGCUGAUAAUUCCGAAGAAGAGAGGGAACAAGUUUGUAAAGAAUUGAACAAGGCAAAGGCUCUGCUGGUCAAAUAUGAGGAUAUCAAGCCGGACGUUCCUGAACUGAAGGAGGAAAUAAAUCUGGUUAAAAGUCUUCUUGUAAGCGAGAGGCAGAAGGCUGAGUCAGAGAGGAAGAAAGCUGAAUCAGAGAAAAAGAGAGCUGUUCAGUAUCUUUCCGAGUUGGAGGUUUUAAGAGCUACAGCUCAUAAGACUAGUUCUGAUCUGCUUACUUCGACAUCCACUCUUGAGACACUGAAAAAGCAGCUUGAGUCUGAAAAACAAAAGACUCUGAAAGAGAGAAAACGUGCAGAUAUGGAGAGUGCAAAAGCUAAGGAACAGAUGAAGCUGGCAGAAGGCUUGUCUAAGAAGUUUGAAAUCAUUAGAGUUAGAAAUGAAGAGCUCAAGAAAGAGGCGGAACUGCAGACCGCUAGGAGUAAAGUAAAGUUUGCUGAAAACUCAGCGAAAUUGGAAGAGAAGAUGAGACUCCUUGAGAUGAAUAAGAAAACAGCCAUGGACUGGAAAUCUCGUGUUGAUGAUCUGACUCGGCAGUUGCAGGAGUCACAAUUAGUGACCGAGGGUUUGAGAAAACAGGUGCAUGAGCUUUCUCUCUCUCGGAAAUCGACUCGCUCUGUUUCUCCUCAUGAAGCCAGAGAUCUGGAAAAGGCUGAAAUGAGGCUUUUGAAAAAGGAGCUGAAGUUUCAGAAGAAACGUGAAAAGCACUUCAAUGAAGUGGCUGAGUUUGAAAAAUAUCGAAGGGAGUUUCAGGCAGAAGAGCUGGGUCGGUUAAAACGUGAGUUCGGUGGUUUUACAAAUCGCAUGAAUCUUCUGGGUGAGUAUUUUUCUAGAGACGUUGAAGGUACAGCUGCUCUUGCAAAGGUGGAAGGCCGCAGGAAACCCCCAAAGAACCGUAGUGGUGAAAAUAAUUCUGACGCAAGAUGCCAUUUGGGAGCCAACCCUGGUUCUCAGGACCAAGCUUGCAAGUUUUCUGCCCAGUUAAUCGCUAAAGCUGGACGGGGCGUGAGUGAGUCUGUCUCCGAUCCUAUUUCUCAAUUGGAUUCUCCUACUGGAGGGUCUAGAGAGUUACUGACUUCUGGAGUAGUUUCCAGCGCAAUAUCUUUUUCUGAGGGGGAGUUACUGGCCUCACAGGGAAGAGAGCAGUUCGCUUUUACUACUACAGCAGAAAAUAUCCAACCAACAAAAUCAAGUAUGUUCCAGAAAGUCGAUACCGGGAAAAAUGGAAAGCUCUGUUUUGUGGCUGAAAACUGUGUUCAAAGCGGUCAAAAAGAUAGGCAUGAGGUAGUUAAUGAGCACUCUCGAAAAAGAAAAAGAUUGUCAGAGGCAAUGGAGUCACGUAAGCAUCUGUCAUCUGAUGAUAAAAAGAAGAAUCUACAGAUUAGAGAGAAGCUGGGUGCCUUGCAGUCUAUGGUAGCAGAAACUGGGUACAAGCCUUUAAGAGAGAAAGAAACUUUGGUUUCUUGUCAGAAGAAGACAGUUAUGCAGAAUUCUAUUGAGUUUAACCGGUUAACCAAGACUCGAGGUAAUAAAGCUGAAAUUACACAAGUGGCUGGGAAAACUAUGUGCCUCUCUACUGCUAAAGGACAUGACGCGGCAACAUUAUUUCUGGAGGAAGAUGCUGCUACAGAUUAUAUGAAAUUGCUGGAGUUGGAUCAACCAGAAGAUGAAAUUUAUUACAAGAUUGCAAGAGAGUCGCUCAUGUCCCCUGAUCUUCCGCAGGUAAACUUUUUGGGUGAUGAGAUUAUGAAUGAGGACAAAAAUCCUACUACUGCUCUUGACUUGGUUGCUAGUAGUGAAGCUUAUAGUCUCAACACUGAGAAUGCUUCAGUGACAGUCAAAAUGCCACCUGAGUCGCCAACAUCGGAUGGUCAUAUUCUUAAACACUUUGUUGUGUUUUCAAAUACUGAAGACCAGAACAGUAUCAUCAAAAUCUUCCAUGCUGCAAACAGUUGUGCUCAGCGAUGCCCAUCAGUUGCUACAGCACAGUGGGCAGUGCCCGCGAUUCUGUUCUCUUUGAAAAUGGAAGACAACCUUUUAGCACGGGAAAGGGCAUGUGUGUUCCUCUCCUUGCUGCUUCAUAACUUCUCUAUGGUUUCCUCGAUGAACAUUGGGAACACUCUGGAUCAUGAUUCUUGCGCCUGCUUAGAUUCUUUCUCGAAGCAUAUAUGUAGUGUUAUGGCUGAUACUGAAGCUGGAGGUAUUCUAACCAAAUUUUUGGAAGAACUCCUUAGCCUUCUUAAGGCCCUCCUUUCAGAGCAGAGGGUAUUGUAUUCUGCUAAAUCCUCAGAAACAACUGAAUCUGGUUUUAGCAUUCAUGUCACCUUGAAUGGAGAAAAUGUAGCUCUCUUCAGCAGAGUAGCUCUAACUGAUCAUUUGGUGGCUGGAAGUGCUAUUUUGGCAGCAAUAUGUACUGCAGUGGAUCGUGUUGGACUUAUCCGUGAAGUUUCCUUUGAACUCCUGCACAGACACAGUCAUGAGAAAACCCCAGUACCACUGACCAUUCUUCACGUUUUUGCUUACAUUGCUGGAGAGAAAAUGAUGUCCUCUAGUGAUCAUAACAUUUCAAAUGCAGUGUUGAAAUCCAUUGUGAUGUUUCUAGAGAACAGACAUUUUGGCACUGUGGAGGGAAGUUCUAAGUUGCAUCCGGGCAAGAACAAGUGUCCAUUCUCAGACAAGUCUUCCUCGCUGGAGGCUAUGGGAUCUAUGCUCAUGGAAAUUGUUCAGGAGUUUGCUCACUCUAAUACUGUGCAUCAGAGCUUGAUUGAGUUUAGGCCGGCACACAAAGGGUUCCAGUGCGUAUUGGGCAGGGAUCAAAGUGUUACUUUAUAUGACAUUCUGUCAUUGGUGGACCUUAUUGCUUGUUACACGGCAUGGAACUGGACUAGUGCAAACAUUGUUUCUCCACUGCUAAAGACGCUGGGAAUGCCAUUGCCAACAAACGUUUCUGUUGCAGUCAUCUCCCUUCUUGGCCAACUUAGCAGUAUUGGAGUGGAUGCUGGUGGCUAUGAAAAUGAAGGAAUAUCAAACUUGAGAGAGAAACUGUCAUCAUUUCUGCAGUGUGAGACAACACUAGAAGCUGGUUUUGGAGUUCAGAUAGCAACUGUGAGCUCCCUCUUGAAGACGCUUCAGCUGGAUCUCGCAAUAGUCUUUCAAGGCGAAACCACUAAGCUUCCGGAUUGUGGCGACCAAAGCUCAUCUGUUCCAGCCAAUAUGGUCGCCAAGUGGUUCUCUUUAUUGAGCGACGAACAGCGAGCUUUCGCAACCGAGUUCUUACAAACCUGUUGUUAGAUAAUUCCUUAGUUGAAAAAUUCAUCAAAAGCAGUACAAUUUUGGAUAUGUCUCUCACUGCUUGAUUCUUCUUCUUCAUUGACUGAUGUUUUUUCAAGGAUGGAGAUAUUAAAGAAGCUUGCACUGAGGUUCCAAAGUUUAUACUUUUUGUAUUUUCUUAACCGGCCUAAACUGAACGAAGAAUGUUACGUAGGUUUGUUUUAA